UCCUUUUUUGUCAUUGCCCUCUCCGCGUUGGGCUCUGCAGAACUCCGAAUCAAACAGACUCAUCGCUCUCUUCCUCUGGAGCCCUAAUCGUCGCCCGAACCGUACCAAAUCCCUUCAUCUCGUCGACGUCAUGGAGUUCCGCCGUCGAUCCGGCGAGGAGGAUCAGCCGUCCGGCCUUCCCGCAAACCCCUUCUCCUUCUGCGCCGAUGGACACAUCAGGGAGCGACCGUUAAGAGUGAGCUUCCUCGGCUUUUCCGGAGAUCUCGCGAGGGCUAGAGAAGCGGCGCCGAUAUCGCUGAUGAACCCUCUCCAGCGAGCGAUCGAGAAGGAGCGGAUCCGGGAGGAGAUAUUGAGGGAGAUGACGGCAAGGAGGAUCCUUGAGGAGGAGGUGAGGAGAGAACUGGAGGUGGAGCUGGCGACGGCAAGGGCUCAUACGGAGAGGUUACGGGACCAGAAGAAAUUUGCUUCUGUUGCUUCAGAUCCGAAGCGUAGGGGCGAACAUGGCCGAUGUCUGCUGACGGUUCCACCUGAAGCUGGGUCUGAUGAGGUUGGGACCCUUGGCGCUCCACCGAUGAUCACAGAGAAAAAGGAUUCACAAAUGCCCGCCCUGGAUCUGGAUCAGAACAGCAACAACUCUACAUCUUAUUCGGAGGUCCAACCAUCAGAUGAUAUGAUCAGUGAAAAAAAGAGGAAGGUUGCAGCAAAUGCAACACCCAAUAAGGCCCCAAGGCUAGCCACCAAGGACUGGGGUUGUGCUCUCUGUCGGGUUACAGCAACUGGUGAAAUGGCUUUGAACGAGCAUCUCCAAGGGAAGAGACACAAAGCCAAAGUAGCUGCACUUCAGGCCGUGAAAACAGGGGCUAAGAUGAAAGGUGGGAACACCUGUUCUCAACCAGAUAUGGAUGUUGCUAAUGAGGAGGGCAGUCCGAACAAUGAACCAAAAAUUGUGAAUAUUGCAGUUGAUGGGAAAAUGCACCAGGUGUUGCAGAAAGGGACCUUCCUUUGGUGCGAACACUGCAAUGUGAAAUGCAACAGCCACAUCAUGAUGACCACCCAUCUCAGCGGGAAGAAACACAGGGCACUGAUGAAGUUGCUGGCGAAGGCUUCCAGUUUAGCAGGGGCCACCAUUCAAACAUGUGACAGGGAGAUCAAAGAGGAGGCUGCUAAGAAAGACAAUGUGGAGAUUGAAAAGGAGAGCAUUGUAAAGAAGGAAAAGGAAGACGAUCAACUGCCCAACAUUACAGAGACAGCAGCUACUGGGGAAGAAGGUGACGAGCAGGCGAAGGAUAGACCGGUCAGCAUCACAGAGACAGCAGCAACUGGGGGAGGUAAAGCAGCUAGCUGUUAGUGUAACACUCGAGAAGCUGGUGCACCUAUAUGCUUUAGUUAUUGCUUAAGUUUCUAUUAGAAGGUAAUGAGCACGGAUCAUGCCGAAUGGUUAUGCUGAUAUCUAGUGGACCAACUUAACUUUUUCUAAUAAAUGGUACAUCUUCCUGGGUGUUUUCAA